UAUUUGAUGUUUCUGUGCUGCGACGCUUGUCGUGUUUUGGUCUGGAGGAGGUAGAAAGAUGACAGCCAGAAAGUCCGGGUCGCGAUUAGAGACUGAAAUAGAGCGCUGUCGAUCAGAAGCCCAAUGGGACAAGAUACCAGAACUUGUGCGGCAGUUGUCUGCGAAAUUGAUCUCAAACGAUGAUCUUGGGGAACUUCUGCUGGGGGAGGCGAAACUCCAGCAGUACUUAAAAGAAAAUCCCAUCAAGCAGGGAGCGAGUCCUCGCGGUCCUCGGCCGCGCCUCCAGGAAAUUCGGAAACAUCUGACGGCUGCACUCGAUCGGGGAAACUUAAAGCCUGAAUACAUGCAAGAAGCCAGUCUGAUUAUGGGUAAGCUGUGUUAUGUGGAGGGCGAUUAUGGAGAAGCACUGAAUCAGUAUGGCCGUGUGAAUCUGGAUGAACUUCAAUUGGUUGGCUCUCCGGUGUACAGGCUUUCCAUGAUCGCAGAGGCCUACGCCACCAAAGGACUUUGUCUGGAAAAGGUACCUGCGGCAUCCCCAUCGCUGUCCAAUCGCAAUGCUGAUGGAGACAAGGAGAUCAUCACUUGCUAUGAGAAAUCUGGAGACAUUGCCUUGCUUUAUCUCCAGGAAGUAGAAAAGGCCCUCAGUGCUGGCAUUCAGAACCGCAGUCCAAAGCCGGGUCCGGUCUCACAGGAGCAGGAACUCGGCUACUUCCUUGAAACUGGACUUCAGAGGGCUCAUGUGAUCCACUUCAAAAAUGGUAACCUGACCCGAGGUGUCGGCCGUUUCCGAGAAAUUCUCCGAGCCGUUGAGACCAGGACCACUCAGAAUCUUCGUAUGACUAUUGCCAGGCAGCUAGCAGAGAUCUUGCUGAGGGGUAUGUGUGAACAGAGUUAUUGGAACCCACUGGAAGAUCCACCUCACCAGUCCCCUCUGGAUGAUCCACUCAGACACACCCCCCUCAAGGACUACGCCCUUAGCCGACGCCCACGUAUCUACUCGGGAGAUAACUUGUUUUGUCCACAGGAGAACACUGAGGAGGCUUUACUCCUUUUAUUAAUCAGUGAGUCUAUGGCUAACAGAGACGCUGUAUUGAGCCGAAUCCCCGAGCACAAUAAUGAUCGAAUCAUCAGUUUGCAGAGCGCUUCGCUGGUGUACGACUUGCUCACCAUUGCUCUCGGCCGACGUGGACAAUACGAAAUGCUCUCAGAGUGUCUCGAAAGAGCCAUGAAGUUUGCCUUUGAGGAAUUUCAUCUCUGGUUCCAGCUCGCUCUCUCCUUGAUGGCUGCUGGGAAGUCGGCUCGAGCAGUAAAGGUGCUGAAAGAGUGUAUAAGACUGAAGCCGGACGAUCCCACCAUUCCUCUGCUGGCCGUCAAGCUGUGCAUUGGAAACCUGCACUGGCUGGAAGAGGGUGAGCGCUUCGCUAAAAUGGUGAUUGAUAUGGGUGAGAAGGCGGCUGAAUUCAGGGCUAAAGGUUAUCUUGCAAUCGGGCUUGUCUAUAGUCUGAAGGCCACAGAUGCAUCUCUUCGAGGAAUGCAGGAAGAAUAUCAGAAAAAAGCACUGAGUGCUUUCCAGAGGGCACAGAGUUUAUCCCCCACUGAUCAUUUGGCGGUUUUUUAUCUAGCGCUGCAGCUGGCUGUGUCUCGACAGAUACCAGAGGCUUUGGGUUAUGUACGUCAGGCAUUACAGCUGCAGGGUGAUGAUGUUCAUGCUCUGCAUCUGCUGGCCUUGCUGCUGUCAGCACAGAAGCACUACCACGACGGUCUCAACAUCAUUGAGAUGGCCCUCAGCGAGUACCCCGAGAACUUUGUUCUUUUAUUCACAAAGGUGAAGUUGGAGACGUUGUGUCGAGGGCCCGAGGAGGCGCUGCUCACCUGCAAACGCAUGCUGCAGAUCUGGAAGUCCUGUUACAACCUCACCAACCCCAGUGAUUCUGGGAGGGGAAGCAGUCUCUUAGACAGAGCUGUCGCUGACCGUCGCCAGCUGAACGCCAUGACACUACCUGACUUCAGUGAUGCAGAGACAGCCUCUCACUCCUCUUCCUCCUUCUCGGGGUCAGAACCUGUAUCUCCUUUCUUUCCUCUUCCAUCUUUCUAUUCUUCACCUCCACCCAAGAUCGAAUCAACCCAGAAUCGCAGCAGCCAUGCUUUCUGUGACCACGCCCCCCGCCGACGCUUCUCCUCUUCCAGCAACCUUCAAGAUGCUUUCUUUCAUGGUUUUGACUCCUUUAUUGGGGUUUGUUCUGUCCAAGCUACUUCUAUAGCAGCAUCACGGGUGGAGCAGGCGCUGUCCGAGGUGGCAUCGUCCCUUCAAAGCAGCGCUCCGAAACAGGGACCCCUCCACCCAUGGAUGACCCUCGCCCAGAUCUGGCUCCAUGCAG